AGCACCGUGGCCGAGCUUUUGAAGUGGAUCUACGCCGAGCGCUUCGAUCCGGCCCCGGACACGAGUCAGGCGCUACUGGUGCUCGCUGAUGAGUAUCGGCUCCCUCUGCUCGCCCAAAUGUGUGAGACGCUGAUCCAAGAAGGCGUGGACGAGACCAACGUGUGCGAUGUGCUUCAGUUUGCCGAAACGUUCCGGGCCAACAAGCUGCGACGCUAUUGCAUCGACCACAUGGCGGCGCCGACCUUCCCCUCGCAUUUGAUCGACGCCGCGCAGCUCAAGCCCGAACUGCUCGAGCAGAUCCAACUGCGCAAGGGCUCGUGGUCGGAGCACUCGCGCUCGCGCAGAAAGGUAAAGGAGCGAGAGGCCCGGUACCAACAGUACGAAGAAGAGCGGCAGACACAGGGUACGUACCACCGGCCCACUGCCCCCCCCCUUUGCGUGCUUAGGGUUGACCUUUGUUCGCAGUGCAGCGAUGGGCCGCGAGGGACUCGCCACUCUUCGCGCUGGGCCAGGCCCUGCGCGAGUCCCUCGAGCGCUUCGACCAGGCCGUCGCGCAGGCCGAUCCCGCCGCGAAGGCGCCGUGCUGGCCGCGCUGGAUGUGGCGGAUGA